AUGGAGCUGAAGAAAUUUGAUCCAAGUGAAUUUCCAAGCAACUAUCAUGACUAUAAGUUGCUUGGAAAAGGGGGUUUCGGUGAAGUUCGAGCUUGUUAUCACGCAUCACUGGGCAGGGUGGCUCUGAAGUUGUUCCGCAUCACUGGAGGCCGUAAAGAUAUAAAAAGGGCUAAAAGGGGAUUAGAAAAGGAAGCAAAAAUCCUCCAACGAAUGAAGCAUCCCCACAUUGUCACCUUCUAUGGUGUGACAUCACUUUUUGAGAAAGAGUGUCUUGUGAUGGAAUUCAUGGAAGGUGGCAACUUGAAUGAACUUCUCAUGUCUAAGAUAGUUCUGUCUUGGACUAGCCGUCUUCGGCUCUUGCAUGAAUUGAUAUCAGCCAUCAGUUACUUGCACAACCACGAUAGGAAGAGGGCUUUCAUCCAUGGUGACAUAAAACCACAGAAUAUUCUUCUCACAAAAUCCAGGAGUCUGAAACUUGCCGACUUUGGUUCAGUGAAUAUUAGUGAACGAACCGGUGUCAGCACAACAACAUUCGAAAUUCCUCAUUCAACGCAACACACAUGGCCAUACACUGCGCCUGAACGUCUUAAUGAUCCUGAUUUAAAGAAAACAGCAGCCAUGGAUAUCUACAGUUAUGGUAUAACUGCGUACGAAGUGCUAACAAGGAUAAAAGCAUACUCUAGUGGAGCUAGACAUGCAAUCAUUCACGAUGGUAAGAGACCCAACCAAAGCAAAUUGGAUGAGGUGGAUAAGCAAUUGAAACAACAUCAAAAACAAGAUCAUGAAAUUUUCCUCAAGUUACAAUUUCUUAUGAAAGACUGUUGGCAGCAAGAUCCAACCAAGCGACCAAAAGCUACAGAAAUUCUGGAAACCACCACCCAACAGAUGGAUGAGUUAUCUGCCAUGGAAGGUUCAGAUGUGGAAAUAUCUAUUCUGGUCAGUUCAGAUAUAGAAGUAUCUACCAUGGAUGAUUCAGAUGAGAAAACCAUCACCCAACAGGUGGAUGAGUUACCUGGUGAGUUACCUUUCAUGGAUGGUACAGGAUCUACAUGCUUGAUUGCGGGUGGUAAUAAAGCAGGUAACAUUGUUGAAACCUAUGACGUCAACAAGAAAAGUUUCAAACCAAGAAAG